CGGCCACCGUAGUUGUAGAAAGGGGCGGAUCUUCGCUGGUGUCACAGAGGCUCUUGCUGCUCUUCAACACAAAUCAUCGCCUCAGCAGCGCUGGUCCGAGCUUCCAACCCACUUCGGUUCUUUUAAAAUAUAUAAGAAUUCUAAUCUUUAUAGUUUCUGUUGUGGACGCCGGUUUCUCACACGGAGGAAGGAGUUCCCGGUUCGCAGACAGUGACAGCUAGCUGCUAGCUGACUUUAACAGCGGGCAGCAGCUAAAAAUAUUCUUCGGGAGAGAGCCGAGGUAGGCGGGCACAGCAAAAGCGUCCAGCGCAGUCACCACGUGAGCAGCGAAGCAUCAUGGGUAACACAAGUGACAGGGUAUCUGGAGAUCGGCAUGGAAACAAAGCCCACCGCUCCGACAGCAGCGGCAGCCACAAAGAUCAAGAGCACAGCAGCAAGAUGGUGGACAGCACAGAUGAUCCCAACAUCUUCAACACUCAUGGACCCGAGUCCAAGGGGUCAGGGGAUAAAGAAUUCACCCCGGAUCUAGAUGACCUGGUUAAAACUGCCCCUCAGGCUCGACCUACAGUGAUUCGCUGGGGUGGAGGGGGGAAGGAAGUUUAUAUCGCCGGCUCUUUCAAUAACUGGAACACUAAGAUUCCACUAAAUAAAAGCCACAAUGACUUUGUUGCUAUUUUGGACCUGCCUGAAGGAGAGCACCAGUACAAGUUUUUUGUGGAUGGACAGUGGGUUCAUGAUCCUUCAGAGCCGGUGGUAACCAGCCAGCUGGGAACGAUCAACAACCUGAUCCAGGUGAAGAAGUCUGACUUUGAGGUGUUUGACGCGCUGCAGGUGGACUCCCUGGAGUGCUCGGACACAUCAGGUGAGUCCGUUGCCAUGGAUUUAGUUCUAAAUAGGUCGGUACACCCUGAACACAUCUUUAUGCUUCCAGACCUGUCCAGCUCGCCUCCAGGCCCGUACGGACAGGAGCAGUACAUCUUCAGACCUGAAAAGCACUUCAAAGCCCCUCCGAUUCUCCCCCCUCACCUGCUUCAAGUCAUUCUGAACAAGGACACCAACAUAUCAUGUGACCCUGCUCUGCUGCCUGAACCCAACCAUGUCAUGCUAAAUCACCUUUAUGCUCUCUCGAUAAAGGAUGGAGUGAUGGUGCUAAGUGCUACUCACAGAUACAAGAAGAAGUACGUCACCUCUCUGCUGUACAAACCCAUCUAAGCCCUCGCUCAGGUGCUCCGAGGGAGCGGCGCGUUUUCUUUUCUUUUCAGUUUGUCAUUACUUUUAGACGGGAGUUGCACCGAACCAUGUUUACAGGCUGCUCUGAAGAAAGCUGCACUUCUACAUAGGGCUCUGAACAAAGGUAGCAAGGUGUGGUAAAAGAACUCUGUUGUGGCUUUAACUGGUGACAUCUCCUUGCAGAUGAGCCUGAAUAAAUCACUGCGUGGUGUUUGUAUUUUUUCACAUUUAUAUAUAUAUAUAAAAACAAGAUUGUAGUCGGUGUGAUCCCAUCUUUGAGAAACGCUCUGGUUCUUUUUUAUGUUACUGCUGUGUUUGGACUUGUUACGUUUUUAUCUCACUUGCUGAAUGUAAGCAGAAUGACAGGUGAGCUGUUGUUUAGGUGAAGUGCAAUAGUGGGUCGUGAAAUCAUUUCUGACUGUUUGAGCCAAAGGCUUGACAUCCUGUUUUUGUUUAGUCGUCCAGCUUAGUCCAGAACUACAGUUGUAGUCCUUUUUCGUUUUCUUUAUCUUACUUUCGCACAGGAAGUGGUCUGAAGUCUUUGCUUAGCUGCUGCUUUUAUUCUGAUGAAUGUUUGAGCAUUAUCGUUGACACGAGCUUUAACUAUGCAGCAAGCAGCCUUUGGGUGGUAUUGUCUUUUAAUCUAAUGAGUGUAUUGUCACAUUUGCCUGCUUUCUUACAGAAAAAAGAUUGUACUGUAUUUGUGUGUUACACGUGCAGCCCUGCUUAAAGGUCUGCACUCACAUUUCAGUGUCAUAAAUGUCAGAAAUGAGGGUUUUGAUGAUGAUCGGUUGCCAUUUAUUUAAAUUUUGUCUUGAAAUAUGGAAGACACACCCGUGUUUUGGCAGUUGUCAGUUGCCUGCGUGUGAACGCUCACAACUCUUCAAACGUUAAAGAAUCUCUCUGGAGUAUUCUGUGAAUGUUAAGCUGGGCUUUUUUUAUUUUCUAAAAGCCUGGCGGUAUUUUUUAAAGAGAUUUGAUAAAUAAGUUUGGAGAAGAGCCAUGGAUCCAGAGCUUUUAGGGCUAAAACCAAAACUUGAAUUUUGCAGUUGUACUUUAUAAAUGAAUGAAAAUGCUUAGCAUAAAGACUGUGGUAAUCCUCUAUAGACGAUUGUACUUUACUGCAAAUAAAUACACUACUCUGUGAUCCUAA